AUGUCUGCAAAGGCCACGGGAGUCGACCUGCCAGAGAUUGGCCCUUCUCUGAGCAAUCGGGCGGGCUCUAUGACGGAGAAGCCUGUGAUGUCUCGUGACAUCGACCCUGCCUUGGCUGUGACUGGUGGCGAGGUUCUUGACUUUACUCCCGAAGAAGAGAAGACGGUUCUCUCCAAAAUCGAUUGGCACAUCAUGCCGCUUAUGUGCUGGGUGUACGCUAUCCAGUUCGCCGACAAGAUUAGUCUCAAUUACGCGUCACUCAUGGGCAUCCGCGACGACACCCGCCUCGAUCCAAAGUCGCAGCAAUACAGUUGGGUGUCUAGCAUCUUUUAUGCUGGAUACAUUCUAUGGGAGUUUCCGACAACAUACCUCCUCCGUCGGCUACCUAUUGGCAAAUACACCUCGGCUAACAUUGUUCUCUGGGGUGUUAUUCUUACUCUCCAUGCUGUUGCGUCUGAUUAUGCUGGCCUCCUUACCGUCCGCUUCCUCCUGGGUGUGUUCGAGGCAACAGUGACACCAUCCUUUGUUAUUAUAACAUCUAUGUGGUAUCGCAAGACUGAACAGGGUCGACGAACCGGUUACUGGCUGAGCUGUAAUGGUAUCACGCUCAUUGUCAUGGCCGGCGUUGGAUACGGGCUCUCAGCGAUAACAGAUGCCGCUGUCGCCUCGUGGAAGAUUUUGUUCCUUAUUUUAGGUCUUUUAACAGUCGCUACGGGGGUGGUUUGCUACUUCUAUAUGCCGGACUCCCUCCUCAACGCGUGGUUUCUUUCGCCUAGGCAGAAAGCCAUUGCUGGCCAGCGCCUGAAGGACAACUUCCAGGGAAUGGGAGAUCGUGUUUGGAAGUGGUAUCAGUUCCGAGAAGCAUUCAAGGACCCUAGGACAUAUCUCUAUGUUCUUUUCUCGCUGCUUAUGAACAUCCCUAACGGUGGUAUCACCACAUUUGGUGCCCUGACUAUCAGUUCUUUUGGCUUCAACAGCAGACUGUCCCUCGUUCUUGGUGCCCCUUCAGGUAUCUUCGACACUGGAGGCAAGCUGAUUUUUACUUGGCUAUCGGAUAAGUACCAGUCGCGCAGCUUGAUAGCUUUUAUCGCUAUUCUCUUCCCUAUGGUCGGCGGCAUCCUCAUGAUUGUCCUUCCGCAGACUGCCAAGGCCGGUCUGCUGAUUGGAUAUUACAUGAUCAGCGUCUCUGGAUCCGCUUGGGGGCUUGUUAUGGUGAUGAUUUCUAAUAACACCCUGGGCUAUACCAAGAAGGCUACUGUCAAUGGUCUCCAGAUCCUCGCUUAUGGAGCCGGCAACUGGAUUGGGCCACAGACCUUCCGUAGUAACGAGGCCCCCGAAUACAGGAGCGGGAAGAUGAUGGUGGCUAUUAUGUAUGGUAUCUCGGCAGUGGUUCUACUCUUGAUUCGAUUUGUGAAUGUCCUUGAGAAUAAGAGACGGGAUCGGCUACAGGCGGAGAGCGGAACGACUGACAUGACUGAGGAGGCUGAGAGGGCUAAGUUUCUGGAUCUGACUGAUUUUGAGCAGCCGCACUUCAGGUAUAUCCUCUAA